UCCUGCUUUUAGUUCAAGUCUUUGCUGCUGUUUAUAAUAAAUUUGCGUGGAAUUGCUGGGGAAACUUCCCAAGUUGAACUUACAGGGUCAGUCAUUCCCUCCUAUUUUGCAGUAGACCUAUUUUCAGUGUUGAUUGGAUGGAAUAACACGUUCUUUCUGUGGUGCAAAAGAGACAUGCUUUUCUAAAUUCAUUUUCUCCUCUCUUGACCAUCUCCAUCUGACAUAGACAACCGAAAUUUCGGUACUCGAGCGAAUGGACUAGCCCAAUUGUUGAGUUGAUAAACACGAGAAACUUUAGUUGGCGAGAAGAAAGAGCAAUUCUGUUUAUAAAAUUUCAAAGAGAUAUUGUGCCUAGUUAGGAUGUUCAAUAAUUUCAUUCUCAUCAUGGAGAUCACUGCUGUCUAUCGGUGCUUCUUAUUACUCUUGCUUCUAUGCAUAGUCCUUAAUUGCCGAGGGUGCAUGGAUGAAGAAAGGGAUGCUCUCCUACAAAUUAAAACUUCAAUAAACAGCCCAGAUGGAACUGCUUUCUCAAGCUGGUUCGGAGAAGAUUGUUGCCAGUGGGAGGGUGUUGAAUGCGAUGCAUCCACGACUCAUGUCAGUAGGAUCUUAUUUCAACACCAAAGGGAUCAAAGCUUGCUUGAAAAUUGGUAUCCAAAUGCUACCCUAUUUGCUCAGUUUAGGGACUUGAAAGAACUUGAACUGCCAGGGAACCGUAUUGAGGGAUUCACUUCACCUGACGAGCUUCAAAAACUCAAGCACCUUCAGAGGCUAAAUCUGCACGACAACUCAAUCGAAAACGCUUCACAUCUCUGCUGGGGGAGGGGGCAAUUACCUUCUCUUUAUUCCUUAGAUUUGUCCAAUAACCAGUUAAAAGGUUAUCUUCCAGAAUGCCUCCGUGGUGCCCUGUCCUUAACGGAACUAAUCGUGUCUCAUAACUAUCUCCAAGGAAACAUCUCUGCAUGGCUGAGUAAUAUGACUUCCCUCACGCUUCUAGACCUCUCUAACAAUCAAUUCAGUGGUUCCUUUCCUUCCUUUCUAGUCCAAAGCCUAACAAAUAUUGAGACACUUAAAUUGUCUACAAAUCAAUUCAAAGGCAGGGUUUCAUUUUCCAGUUUUGCCAAUUUAUCGAAGCUCAGUUCGCUUGACAUUUCAUACAAUGCCCAUCUACAGCUGGAAACAGAGUCCCCGACUUGGUUCCCAUCUUUCAACUUAACUGUGCUGAGUUUAUCUGGUUGUAACCUACGAAAUAUCCCCAGCUUCGUUUUCACACAGAACCACCUGAAUUCUCUAGAUCUAUCAGACAACAAUUUGAGUGGUCCAUUCCCUAGGACCUUCCGGAACAUAAGUUCACAGCUUGCUUCACUAGACAUCUCCAACAAUAGCUUCAACGGGCCAUUACCUGAAGAUAUCAACUUGAUUUUUCCAGAGUUGCUUUUUCUAGACGCAUCCUUAAAUGUCUUCAGAGGUGGCAUACCCCCAUCCUUUUGUAGAUUAAAACGACUUCAUACUCUGAUCUUAUCAGGCAACAAAUUACGUGGAGCGAUUCCCUACCUUUUGACAAGUAAUAUGAGUUCCCUUGAGUAUUUGCAUUUGAGCAACAACAACUUGGGAGGAGACGCACUUCCCAAAAUUCAACCCAAGCUUAAGGUAUUAGAUCUUGGCAGGAAUGACUUCACCGGAACCUUCCAAGAUAGCCUGUCGAGGAGUUUCUCACAAUCGCUCGCAUUCCCUCAAUUAAGAGUACUCAUUCUUAGUGGGAACCGUUUGCAAGGGCAAAUACCGCAGCAACUGUGCCGAAUGAGACGUUUGAGUGUAUUGGAUCUUUCUAACAACAAUCUUUCUGGUAACAUUCCCAAUUGCAUUGACAACAUCACUUCUUGGACAGCAGUGGACCAGAGCCGUGCUGUUCAUAUAUAUUUUAUCACCGCUUUAGAUUUGUCCUGCAAUAGAUUGACUGGUUCAAUACCCCUCCAAAUUACACAACUGAAAGCAAUCAUAGCGUUGAACAUGUCCCACAAUCUUCUCACGGGUCAAAUACCGGCAUCCCUGGGAAACUUAGAAGCGCUGGAAGCGUUGGAUCUUUCCCAUAACAAGCUCUUUGGUGAGUUAUCCCAAGAAUUAACUGCUCUUAUAUUUCUCGGGUUUUUCGACGUUUCUUUCAACAACCUAUCAGGCGCGACACCACAAGGAAAUCAGUUUAAUACGUUUCAGAAUGCCAGUUAUGUAGGCAACCCCGGUCUUUGUGGCUUCCCACUAGAAAGGAAAUGUGGUCCAGAUAUACGGAAACAAUCCCAUGUCAUGUCAAACAUGGCCAGAACGUACAGUUUGCUAUUUCAUUGCGCAUUUCUUAUUCUUGUUGUAAAUGUCAGUUUCCUCUUUUCCAUAGUAUAAAAAUUGAUUGAACCUCUAUGCAGACAAUGAUUUGCAUCUUGUUGCACAUGCUAUUUAUUUUUAAAUUUAUCAGUGAUAUACUACUAU